AUGGCCGACAUCACCCUGAAGCUGUCCAAUCGCUCCCCCAAGCAGCCCAUCAAGCGCCUCCCGCCGUCCCUCGAGCUGCCGGCGACGGCCACGGUCGAGGAUGCCAAGGUCGUGCUGGCCCGCAAGGUCGGCCUGUCGGACCACAACCGCAUCGGCCUGUUCGACCCGGCCACCAAGAAGACGCUGAAGGACCGCCGCGCCGUGCUGGCCGACCUGGGCCACGCCGAGCUGCUGGUCAAGGACCUGGGCCCCCAGCUGGGCUGGCGCACCGUCUUCAUGAUCGAGUACUUCGGCCCCCUGCUCUUCCACCCGCUCGCCAUCGGCCUGCGUUCCCACGUCUACCCGGCCGUCUACCCCUACCUCAAGGACUUCGUGCCCGAGCCCAACCCGAGCGCCGCCCUGUCCUUCAACCAGCAGCUCACCUUUGCCUGCGUCAUGGCCCACUUCCUCAAGCGCGAGUACGAGACGGCCUUUGUGCACAGGUUCAGCGCCAACACCAUGCCCGUCUGGAACGUCUUCCGCAACUCCUUCUUCUACUGGGCCGUCGCCGGCGUCCAGGCCGCCGCCGAGGUCUACGCGCCCUUCUCGCCCACCGCCAAGGCCAACGACCACCUGAUUGAUGCUCUCGGGUUCGCCCUGUUCCUCUUCGGCGAGACGGCCAACUUCCUGGUCCACCGCUACCUGUCGACCCUGCGCAGCCCCGGCGGCACCGAGAGGAAGAUCCCCAAGGGUCUGGGAUUCGGCGUCGUCACCUGCCCCAACUACAUGUACGAGAUCAUUGCCUGGAUCGGCAUGAUUCUCAUCAGCCGCAGCCCGUCCGUGGCCUUGUUCAUCAGCAUUGGCUCCAUGUACAUGUUCACCUGGGGCAAGGGCAAGGAGCGUGCCUACCGCAAGGAGUUCGGCGACAAGUACAAGAAGAAGCGCUUCGUCAUGCUCCCCGGUCUCUUGUAA